UGUGCAAACUCUGGCUCUGCGGGUGCGGUGAGCACCACUUGAAGGAAACUGACUCACAAAUCCCGGAAAAGAGUUUCUUUUCCAACGAGGCUGACUCUAGUGGUGAACAGCUGUACUUUUAACGUCAAGACAAUGGCAGAAUUUGUUAAAGCGCAAAUUAAGGGUGACAAAGUAGUUGUGUUUUUAAAGCCGUCCUGUCCUUACUGCGUACUGGCGAAGGAUGUUUUGUCGAAGUAUAAAUUCAAAGAUGGACAGCUGAACUUGGUCGAUAUCAGCGGACGCAGUGACAUGGGCAGUAUACAAGACUAUCUGCAACAAAUCACAGGCGCGCGCACCGUUCCUCGAGUCUUCAUAGGGGAGAAGUGUAUUGGAGGAGGAAGUGAUGUCGAAAGUCUUGACCGUUCUGGAGCUCUGGAAGGCAUGUUGCAGGCAAUCGGAUCUCUGCAGUGAGGGGCGUCAAGAAGGGGUCACAUGAUGUUGCAGCGAGACUUGCGGAUCUGCCGCCUGCGUUGCUGGUACUCGCUGAGCUCCUGUAGGUAACCCCUGGAGGGCCAGCGCAGCCGCUCCACCUGCUCACGCUCCUCAUCUGUCAAAAAAGCAUCAUCGGGACUUAAAAAGUAUUGUGACGACAUCUCCUGCAACCCACCUAUUCAACGCAUUUAAACAGAGCAUUAUAUCCGUCCACCAUAUUUCCAUAUAUCUCGCACUUCAACUGAAAAAAAAAUGUAAUUGUCUCUAUAAAGUCUAUAUGUUUCUUGUUAAGUGUAAAGAAAUUAUAAGGCUGCUUAAAAAACCUAAAGGGAGCUUGAUGAAAAAUAAAAUGUUCCUGUUGCUGUU